UCACAACUGACAAAUGUCACCAAAGUCGUUAAAACUAUCACGCAACCGAUUAAUUCCAAGAUAAUGCUAGACUCUCAACUAUUGACCCAAUAUUCAGGCAUAAAAGACGUCCUCGCAUCAGACUUUCAUUGUGCUAAAUGAAACGACUCUUCGAAAACAAUCAAUAAUUACUCAAAAAAUAACUUGGGCACUCUUCAUAGUAUUUGUCGAACCCAUUGACAAAAAAAGCUGUCAAGGGCAUUAACUCCACCAUGCUUAGACGCCUUCUCUCAAAAUCCUACUCGGACUUUCUUUUUUAUGACUAUAAAAAGCUCAGGCUAAUUCAGGCUAAGCCGCGUUAAAAAUCGGUGCUGCCUCCAACCGUAUACUUAAUGACUCCAUUUUAAUUGCAUCAGAUCUAAGACUUUCAACAUAUUUAGAGUUCAAACCACAUCCAAAGAGAAUUUAUAUCAGCCCUAUUCCACCCUGCUACGUCUUUUCUUUGGAAGCCCAACAAGUUCAGCAAACUGUUCUUUUUAACCAAAGCUAUGCAGUUGCUCAAGCCAAAGAUCCUCAACGUGAGUUUGACGAACAAUUUAGUGAUAUACUACAAUCAAAUUUGCUUUUUUUCACGAAUGGUUCAAAAAAGGACCAGGCCUUUACGUCAGCUGCACCAUCCACAGCCCUGAUGAGCCACUCAAUCUGAAUCUGCAGUUUAAAAUCGAUCCUCGCGCUUCAAUCUUCUCUGCCGCAACCUUUGCCAACUCACUCUAGAAGAUAUUCUACCCAAUCGCAUAGUUAAAUCAGUAUUUUUUACAGACUCGUUGAGUUCGCUGCAAGCUCUCUUAAACAUUGAGGCUCUCAUCAAUUCUUCUCACAUCAUUGUAUUCAGAAUCUAAGGCUUGUUAAACUUAUUCAAAACGAUCAAGAAGUAAUUGAAUGAAUUACUAGCCAUGAAGGUAUCUCGGGAAACGAGGUGUUCGAUGAACUAGCCAAGAAAGCUUGCAGCGUUGACGCAUAUCUUUCUCACCUUCUGCCAUACGCGGAUCUUCGACAAUUCAUCAACGAUUCAAGCAAAAAAUAGUUUUAUGUAUAUACCUUUGGAAUAUUAAUAGAGGAAAAUGAGUUUUCUACUUUGUAAAUUACAUCAAAGAAAUAUCAAAACCUUGGCUUUUCCAAAUGCAUCUGUGCAGAACACAGACCGUGACUUUUAGCUGUAUGAGAAAUGAUCAAUACAAUUUGGCUUAUAUAGUCUUGACAGAAAAAACUAGUCGACUUUUCCUCAUGCCAGUGUGGCUACGAUGUCGAAGACCUAGACCACGUAUUUUGGAACUGUGAAAGAUUUGUUAUACAACGGAAAGCUCUUUUAUUCAGACUUAAAAAGGAAAAUUGUUCCCGCCAUAUAAAAUUAGUUCAUUCCUCUCUGACCCAGAUCCCGAUAUAAAAGAUCUGUUCUGUAGAUUUCUAAACGUCUUCCUAUAAUCCCUUUUCCUUCCUUUAUCAAUCCAACUCUCUACUCUUAAUUUCUAUUAUGAAGCUUCAAAAAGCUUUCAUUAUUUAGCUUACCUUUUUAUCUACAACUCUCUAUAUAUACUAUCUAUAACGCCUGUGGAAGUACCGCCAGUCAGUAAUAUAGCGCGCAGUCGCAAAAAUCAGUUGAUGGCCGUAUCGGACACAGACUCGCAGUUCAGCGUGUCGACACCAGAGCCAAAUAAUCAAACAAAUUCCCGGUUAUGAGUACUUGUUGGUUUACGGCUAUGCGGACGGUCGCCAGUGAAAAAGACAGUGACUUUUAAUUUCCACGAACUCGAGUAUUUGUCAGCGUACAAUAGCAUUACGAUUCUAAAAUGGGAGAAGUGUCUGGUGAAGUUGAGGCAAUUAGCGCCGAAUAUGCGCUGGCCGAUGUACUCGAUGAUAUUUUUGAGUAUUUGAAAAUUCGUGAUCUAUCCAUUGCUGGAAGCGUCUGCAAAAUGUGGCAUCAGGCAGCAUUAAGAAUAUUAGCGAAGAGAGGUCCUGAAAGACAAUUAUUGCCAGCCUUUGGUGGCCAAUUGUACACCGUAAUGAACGUCAAACCUUUCGUAGCUUUUCUGUUCAUUGGGCCAAGUAAACGAGAAAGAAACAUCAAGGAAUUAGAAAUCGAUGUGUUAAACAGGUACAAAAAAUUCUUUACUCGUCACCUUAUUGCCGUGGGCGUCGACGAAUCGAUGAUGGACGAUAAACCGAUAAUUAGUUGCGAUGGUUUAUUGGGCACCGCUAAUGGAAUCUUAGGCCUGUUCAUACCUCAAUAUCGUGGCUUGCAAAUCAAAGUAAAACGUUUGCAUCGCGCCAGCGAAUCCGUCAGUAGUAUAAUCAACAGCUUGGUACCCGACGACAAAUCUGCAAAGACAGCGAUGAUACUCUUUGCAAGACCUUACGGCUACGACGGCACAAUUUUAGAACAAAUCAAACGCACAUUCAAACAAAAAAGAUAUACCCUAUGGGGUGGUUCAUUCGACGACAAAUUGCUGGCAACUGAUCGCAUGGUCGAUGCCAACGCUUUCAUGGCGGAUAGCAACUCCAGCGACGACGAAUUUUACGAUGCAGAAACUAUAUAUGACGACGGCUACUAUCCUCAAGUAGACCAUUACGGGAGUACAGCAAUGUUCGCCCUAAGUAUUUCAGGAUCGAAGUUCGAUUCUUGGUCGACGAUGAUCAAUUGCCUCGCGCCAAAGCUAGAAGUCGACAAAAAGCUCCUUGACUUUCGACAACACCUAAAGCUCAAACGUCGCACCAUAGGCUUGGCCUGUGGCCCGAGAUACGUAGAAGGUUGUGUUAUCAUGAAUAAGGAUUAUGAACAAAUAUAUAUGACUAGUCAUGAGCUCAUGGAUGUCGUGAAGAAAACUCUACCGGGCAUUCCUUUCAUUGGAAUUUUCAAUUUUGGUUAUUAUAGUCAUUUUGGAGUUGAUUCAACAAUCGAUGACUCCAAUCAAAGACUUGGACAACAAAUGGCCUUGGCACUUAUGAUUUUAACUUACGAUUGAACAAAUGAGACGCCACUGCAUUUCAAACAUAUGUUUGCCAUGUAAACAUACUUUUUUUAUCUAACUCAAGUUAGGAAUUUUAUUAUGGUCCGCAACAAUGUUUUCUGUAAAAUAGGUACCGUUUUUAAUAUUUAUUUGGAGAUAUUAUCAUUUUAUGAAAAAAACGAAAAAAACGUAUUACACCUUUUAUGUACUAAAAUUAGUUUAAGUAAUAUUUUUUAAUAUAUGUUACUUAUUUCGGCAUUGCUUAGCCAUUAAUUAUUAUGUACGUUAAGUUUUAAUAAUGAAUGAAUUUUAUAAAUUAAAUAUUAUCUAUGUCUUCAUCGUGUUUACUGUUUAUUAGUUGUUGGAAGAAUAUUGCGUAAAAAAAAUGUGU